UUCGCAUUCAAUCAAUUUCUGCAAUUAUCCACAAUGGCUCCUCCUCGUGGUAGAGGUAGAGCUCCUAGAGGGCGCGGAAAGCGCACCCGUGGCGGCGUUAGUCGCAGAGAUGCCUUCCAAGCAUCCCGAGUCGAUGAGAUCCAGUCGGAAGCCUCGUCUGACAGUGAGGAUGGCUCAUUCGACGAGCCUAUGGAGGAUGCCGUGGCCGACGAAGAACUCUUGGACCAGGACUCGUCCGAUAGCGAAGAGGAAGCGGACCAGAAGGGACAUUCCUAUAACGAGUUGUUGCAACUACUGAACGCCGGCAAUGACGCCAAUGGCCCCGCUCGCAAGAAGCGAAAGACCGAUCACCGAAAAGCCGAGAUUAAAGAGGUGACCCGCGAUGACGCAGAAGAGGACGAGGAUGAGGCUUUGUUGGGAGAGGACGAUCUAGAGCAACGAGCACCGUCGGACGCCGAGGACGAAGACAAUCAGCCCGAAGAAGAGGCAGAGUUACAAGCAGACAGUGAUGAUGAAGAUGAUAAUGAUCCUUUCGACACCCACUUCAACGCCCUCAAAGAAGAGGACUUGAACAAGAGGAUUAAGGCCAUUGAGGAGAAAAAGUGGAAGAGUACCAAGAAGGAACUUGCCGAGGGGCUGAAGUUUGUGCGCUCCAUUCCUGAUACGGGCGACGAUGCAUCCUUGUUGGCCGCAAUGAAGAGCAUCUCGAGCGUCAAGCUCAAGAAGAAGCUCAAGGCUCCUGCGACGGAACAUAUCUCCAAGAUCGAUGGCGAUGCUCAACAGCUUGCGCCCUACGUUUUCGACUACCAGGAUGUCCUUUAUGGCGCUCGCACGGCAGACAACGCAGCUCACCUGCGAGAUCUCUUGGCUCUGCAUGCGACGAAUCAUGUAUUGAAGACGCGCGACCGCGUCCUCAAGAACAACGCUCGCGUGGCCAAGGAACAAGAUUCCGACCUGGACGUCCGGGAUCAGGGUUUCACCCGGCCCAAGGUGCUGUACCUGCUGCCCACCAAGCAAGCCUGUGUGCGGGCGGUGGACGCCAUCACGCGGUUCUUCCAGCCCGAGCAACAGGAGAACCGCAAGCGACUUCUCGACACCUUCUCGUCUGCUGACGACAAGUCCUGGGAGAACAAGCCGGACGACUUCCGCGACCUGUUCGGCGGCAACGACGAUGACAUGUUCCGCCUGGGUCUCAAAUUCACGCGCAAGACCGUGAAGUACUUUGCUCAAUUCUACACAUCCGACAUGAUCCUUGCCAGUCCGCUCGGUCUGCGCACAAUCAUGGACCAAGCCGACGCGAAGAAGCGUGAUCACGAUUUCCUAUCCUCGAUCGAAGUUGUCAUCAUCGACCACGCGGACGGCCUGCUCAUGCAGAACUGGGAUCACGUCGACUACAUCCUCAAGCAUCUGAACCUGCAGCCGCGGGAGGCGCACGGCUGCGACUUCAGCCGGGUGCGGACGUGGUACCUGGACAACCAGGCGCGGCACGUCCGGCAGAUGAUCAUGCUGUCCUCGUUCCUGACGCCGGAGAUGAACGCGGCGUUCUCGACGCAGAUGCAGAACGUCUUCGGCCGGGUGAAGGUCAGCCCGGUCUACGCGGGCGCCAUCGGGGAACUGGCGCUCCCCGUGCCCGUGCGGCAGACCUUCUCGCGCUUCGACAGCCUCUCGCCGGCCAAGGACCCGGACGCGCGGUUCAAGCACUUCACGACGACCGUGCUGUCGUCGCUGGUGCGCGACCUCAGCAAGAACGGCGGCGGCGGCGGCACGCUGAUCUUCAUCCCGUCGUACCUGGACUUCGUGCGCGUGCGCAACUACUUCGCCACCUCGACGCAGACGACCCACGUUUCCUUCGGUGCCAUCAGCGAGUACACGGACGUGCGUGAGGGCACGCGCGCCCGCACCCACUUCGUGCAGGGCCGCCACUCGGUGCUGCUGUACACCGAGCGCAUCCACCACUUCCGCCGCUACCAGCUCCGCGGCGUCAAGCGCAUCAUCAUGUACGGGGUGCCCGAAAACCCGACCUUCUACGCCGAGAUCGUGGGCUUCCUGGGCCUGGACCCCGCGCAGGCCGCCGAGGCCGCCCAGGGCGGCGGCGUCCGCGCCCUGUUCUCCAAGUGGGAUGCCCUGAAGCUGGAGCGGAUCGUCGGGACGAAGCGCCUCGGCAACAUGAUGCGCGAGAAGGGCGGGGAUACUUUCACCUUCAUGUAGAUAGAUAGGUCUAGGUCUGCAGCUUCAAGCUGUAUGUAACUAUUAGUACCGGUAGUGUAACUACUGGUUCGGAGAGUAAGUCCGACAUCGUUCCCG